ACUAAACGACAAAUUUUCAUCAUCUUGCCACACUUACAAAAAAAAUGUGAAAAAAAAUCAGCUAAUAAUUAUUACUGUGUUCUUGCCAAACAAUUUUCACAGCUUCCGCCAUGGGAGAAGUCGAUCCAGCCUUCAUCCAAGCCCUGGAACACCGACCCAAACCCCAAACCAUAACAGCCGAAGGAAUCCCGUUAAUCGAUCUCUCACCGUUGAUCAUCUCCCCUGAUCAAUCCGACGACGAUCCCAAUUCCCCCCUGCUGUCAGCCCUCGCCGUCGAAAUCGGCGCCGCCUGCAAAAACUGGGGAUUCUUCCAGGUCAUCAACCACGGCGUCCCGUCGCACACGCGCCGGAAAAUCGAAUCCGUUUCCAGGAAAUUCUUCUCCCUCCCCAAACACGUGAAGAAGAGAGUCUCCAGAGACGAAGCAAACCCCACCGGAUAUUACGACACCGAGCACACCAAGAACGUCAGAGACUGGAAAGAAGUCUUCGAUUUCACCGUCAACGAGCCGACAUUCAUCCCUGCUUCACACGAACCCGACGACGAUCGUCUUAAUGAAAUGAUCAAUCAAUGGCCCGAAAACCCUCCUGAAUUCAGGGAUGUGUGCAAGGAGUACGCUGAAGAAGUGGAGAAGCUGGCGUACAAGUUACUACAGCUCAUAGCCAUGAGUUUGGGGUUGGAAAAAGAUCGAUUCGCCGGGUUUUUCGAGAAGCAAACGACGUUCAUUCGGCUGAAUUACUAUCCGCCGUGCCCGAUUCCCGAUCUAGCUCUCGGCGUGGGCCGACACAAAGAUGCAGGGGCGUUGACCAUUCUUGGUCAAGAUAACGUCGGCGGGCUCCAGGUGAAGAGGAAAACCGACGGGGAAUGGGUUCUUGUUAAACCCACACCCGAUGCAUACAUUAUCAACGUCGGUGACAUUAUCCAGGUUUGGAGCAAUGAUGAGUAUGAGAGUGUGGAGCAUAGAGUGAAGGUGAAUUCGGAAAACGAGAGGUUUUCGAUUCCGUUUUUCUUCAAUCCAGGGCACGAUAUUACGGUGGAGCCAUUGGAGGAGCUUGUGAACGAGCGUAAUCCUGCCAAGUACAAUGCUUAUAAUUGGGGGAAGUUUUUCACGGCUCGGAAACGGAGUAACUACAAGAAACUUGAUGUCGAAAAUAUUCAAAUUUAUCAUUUCAAGAACUGAUAUAUAUACUAUGAUGUUUUCGAGUGUGCAUGUAUUUUUGUGAAUAAAUAAUUGCUCUCGAAUUAUUCGAUAUAUGAACUUUGUGUUACGAACUUGUAAGAUAAGGGAUGUAUUAUCGAGAAGAUUAUAUUAUAUUAAAGAUCGCGAUCAUCGGUAA